AUGCCUGACCUUGUUAACCGACACAUUUUCAAGAGAGACUGGAAGGAUUUCCAGCACGCGACCGGAGGAGCGAAGGAUUGGAACACUGUCGAGAGGAACGUAUCAAGAUAUCUCCAAGAGAUGAUCUUGAGUUCCAAUUAUUUGUUCUUCACAGAUGAGCUUGUCACACGGGAGGACGGAGUACUUUUGUACUUCCGCAGGCUGGGAGACAAAUUGCACCAUCGAGUAGCACUCGCUCAAGAUAAGGCGGAAGAACAUGUGUACAAUAUUAGCACCGCUUACAAGCUGCGGAUCGAGGAGCAGGAGUUUUACGAGAUAUGGAAGGAUUUCUUGACGCAAAAUGAGGUAUUUUAUCAAUCUGGAAUGAAUGGAAUCUUCACGAGGACAUCGGACAACCCUCAUCUGGCCAACAUUCACCACCGACCGGAUCCCGAACCUCUUGAGACCCAUUUCGCCCAUUUUGUACCUGUCCAGCCAAUUCCUUGUAUUCUUGUCCCAGUCCAACCUAUCCAAUAUUUCCCUUAUCGCCCACCAGUCCAUGUCUGGUAA